CUCAACACCCAAGCAGCCUGGAAGAGAGAGAGGGAGAGAGAGAGUCAUGUCUUGUAAUGAAAAAACCAAAGCAAGAAAAUACAAAAGAAAUUAAAGGGCUCUCUUUUUUUUACCCCCAAAUGCAUAGAUGAGAUAACGAUGCCCCAAAAAUAAGUUUUUUUUUUUGGGAAAUCAUCCGUGGAGGAGGGUACUUCUUCACCAGGGACAUACCCAUCAGACAUCUUUACAGCUUUCUUUUCCUGCUCUUUUGGGUGUGAGAGAUUUGGUUUCAUCUGUUCCUCUGUCUCAGGCAAGUUGGUGUGUUUUUAGGCAUUUCAGGAAACUCCAAUUAUAUAGAAAAAGAGAAAAUCUGCUCGAGGAAUCUUCAGGAAUUUCUUUGCCUUAUGGUGCUUCGUUGAUUUCGUUUCCUGGACUCUCUACUUCAGACAGAGCUGUGAGUUGUCAUUUGUCUUCUGUCUGCAAAUUUAGCUGUGGUUGGUGUCUGGAUUUGGUGGAGGUUAAGCAAAUAAAUCAUGGGAGAUAAUGUUCGUCAACCUGGGAACACCAUAAACGCUCCCCCAAUGGAUUCUGCAAUGGACAUUGAGUUUAUGGAUGAGUUGCUAUUCGAUGGUUGCUGGUUAGAGACAACCGAUGGAUCCGAAUUCCUCAACUUUAGUCCUUCAACGACCAGUGCCCCGUUCGACCCUUCUUCUUUCAUGUGGUCUCCCGCUCAAGAUUCAGCAAUCUGUGGUUCAGGCUUGUCUCAGAUGUUCAGUCAAGAUGGUGCAGAAAGAUCUGGUCAUGAUGAAGCUCACUGGAAAGAUAUCCCGAGCCUUAACAGAAGGUGGUGGAUAGGACCGAGGACAAACCCCCCUGGUGUUCCCGGUUCUUCGGUAACGGAGAGACUGGUACAAGCACUGAAGUCCGUUAAAGAUUUCACCAGGGAGAGAGGCUCUCUUAUACAGUUGUGGGUGCCGGUGAAUAGAGGUGGAAAGCGGAUUUUAACCACCAAAGAACAGCCUUUCUCCGUUGACCCGAUGUGUCACAGGCUGGCAAAUUACAGGGAGAUUUCUGAGAGUUUUCACUUCUCUGCGGAACAGGAGGAUUCGAAGGACUUGGUGGGUUUGCCGGGUAGGGUUUUCUUGGGGAAGGUUCCUGAAUGGACCCCUGAUGUAAGGUUUUUCCGGAGUGAAGAGUAUCCGAGAGUUCAGCAUGCACAGGACUGUGAUGUCCGUGGGACACUGGCAAUUCCCGUUUUCGAGCAAGGUAGUAAGGCUUGCUUGGGUGUUAUCGAAAUCGUGAUGACCACUCAGAUGGUUAAAUCAAGGUUUGAGCUCGAAAGUAUCUGCAAAGCCCUUCAGGCAGUUGAUCUUAGAAGCACAGAAGUUCCAAUUCCAUUUCCUGUAAAGGUCCGGGACUUGUCCUACCAAGGUGCGUUACCCGAAAUCCGGAACCUCUUGAGAUGUGCAUGCGAGACACAUAAACUACCGUUGGCUCAGACAUGGGUUUCCUGUCUCCAACAAGGCAAAGGUGGUUGCCGUCACAAUGAUGAGAACUACAUCCAUUGUGUUUCCACAGUUGAUGAUGCUUGCUAUGUCGGUGAUGUAACGGUACAGGAAUUCCACGAGGCUUGUUCUGAGCAUCAUCUCUUGAAAGGGCAAGGAGUUGCAGGGCAAGCUUUCUUGACCAAUGAACCUUGUUUCUCGCCCGAUGUCACUGGCUACAAGAAAACAGAGUAUCCUCUUUCCCACCAUGCUACUAUGUUCGGUUUACACGGGGCUGUAGCCAUACGCCUACGCUGUAUCCACACGGGCUCUGCUGAUUUCGUGUUGGAGUUCUUCUUGCCAAAAAGUUGUCGGGAUCUUGAGGAACAGAGGAAAAUGUUGAAUUCUCUUUCGACCAUUAUGGCUCAUGUGCCUAGGAGCUUAAGGACUGUCACGAAUAAGGAACUGGAAGAAGAGGCUGACUCCAUAACGAGUGAAGUGACAGAAAGGGAAGAGACAGUACCGAAGGUGGAGAAUGUUCUCAACGAAAAGUCCUCGUGGAACCCUUCUGUCACUGAACUCCAACAAAGCAAUAGUAAUCCUCAAAAGCUAGGACCAAUGUUUGCUUUAGGAGCAUCAGAGAUGGGCAAGCAAAGCGAGGUUUUUGAAAUGAAAAGAGGAUUCGACUAUGGUGGGGAGUCUAGUAUGAAUGAGAGUACCGUCUCUAGUUCUGGUUUCGGUAGAAUGGCUGAGAAAAAGCGUACGAAAGCAGAGAAAACCAUCACUUUGGAUGUCCUCCGUCAGUAUUUCGCCGGGAGUCUGAAAGAUGCUGCCAAGAGUAUCGGUGUUUGCCCGACGACGUUGAAGAGAAUAUGCCGGCAACACGGGAUACAGAGGUGGCCUUCUAGAAAGAUCAAGAAAGUUGGUCAUUCUUUGCAGAAAAUCCAACGGGUAAUUGACUCGGUUCAAGGAGUGUCCGGUCCUCUGCCCAUUGGCUCUUUCUACGCGAACUUCCCAAGCAUGGCCUCACCAAAAGCCUCACAAGCCAAGACAUUCCAGCCAGCAGACCCUGCUCCUUCGGCUUUACAGCACGAAAGCCGUGUGAAAUCUCCUUCCUCCUCCUGCACUCAGAGUUCGAGCUCUAGCCAGUGCUGUUCCAGUGAAACACAACUUAACAACGCUCCGACGUUCCAUAAAUCUGUCACUGCAGAAGAUCCUGCCAUCGGGGAGAACAGCUUAGUCGAUGGAGGUGCUAUGAAAAAAACGAGAAGUGAAGCCGAGUUUCACAGUUCGUGUCUAGAAGAGACACAGACCCUCUCCAGGUUUCAGAGCCAUAAGUCUUUCAAGGAAAACCCUAGUUUCGAAAAUCUUUCACGGUUCCCAGAAACGCACAGUGCCCACUUACCGUCAUCCCAAGAGGAUGAUUUUCUGAGGAUAAAGGUCACAUAUGAAGACGAGAAGAUCCGGUUCCGCAUGAGAAACUCUUGUAGGUUAAAAGAUCUAUUGUGGGAAAUCGCAAAGCGGUUUAACAUGGAAGAUGUGACCAGAUACGACCUCAAGUACUUGGAUGACGAUAACGAAUGGGUCUUACUGACGUGCGAUGCUGAUGUAGAGGAGUGCAUAGACGUCUGCAGAUCUUCUCCGAGCCAUACGAUCAAGCUUCUGCUUCAAGUCUCUUCCCACCAUUUACCCGAACGUUCUUCAGCCAGCAGAUGCCAUUUAUGACACACUAAAGCAAGCAUUUCUUCCUUUACCCGGUAAACGAAUGGCAGUGACAGUGAAAAAAGGAAAGACCUUUUCGAUGUUCUUGAUUAAACUGUGUUCUUUGGUGAAAAGGGUUGCUGUUUUCUUGCGCGGUUGAGCAAGAACCAUGUCGAAAAGCUUCAUUUCCGGACAUGUUAGGGAAUGAAUGCAGAGGAGGGAAGGAGAAGAACAUGAGACAGGUUUUUUUUUAAGGUUUUUAAGGUUGUCUAUAGGGUUUUGUUGUGAAGACUGAAGAGCGCCAGAAAGAACAUGUAGAGAGAGGGUCCUCUUCAAGUAGAACUUGAAGUUCGGGGAUUAUAAACAUUUUCUUUAGACGUGUAUGUAUUGUCUUCUCCAA